UCAUGGGCCUCUCAGCCAGGAGCAGGGCUUCUUCUGCUUGGCUUCCCCACUUCUUCGCCUUGCUCUGGCUGCUGCCGCUACAUGCCUCCGCUGAACCCAGGCAGCUUUUCCAGGUGUUGGAGGAGCAACCCCCGGGCACCUGGGUAGGGACCAUUGCCAUCCGCCCGGGCUUCACCUACCGCUUAAGUGAGCACCAUGCUCUUUUCUCCAUCAAUGCCACUUCGGGCGACUUGCACACCCGCGCCACCAUCGACCGAGAGAGCCUGGCCAGCGACGUCAUGGACCUGGUGGUGCUCUCCAGCCAGCCAACCUAUCCCAGCGAGGUGCGCAUCGUGGUGCUGGACCUGAAUGACAACGCGCCUGUCUUCCCAGACCCGUCCAUCGUGGUGACUUUCAAGGAGGACACAGGCAGCGGCCGACAGCUCAUCCUGGACACAGCUACUGAUGCGGACAGCGGGACCAAUGGCGUGGACCACAGCUCCUACCGCAUUGUGGGUGGCAACGAAGAAGGCCGCUUCCGACUCAACAUCACUCUCAACCCUAGUGGCGAAGGGGCCUUCCUGCACUUGGUCUCUCGGGGUGGGCUGGAUAGAGAGGCCACCCCUGCCUACCAGCUGCUGGUGCAGGUGGAGGACAAAGGGCAGCCCCGGAGGCGUGGAUACUUACAAGUCAAUGUCACUGUGCAGGAUACCAAUGACAACCCACCUGCCUUCAGUCAGACCCUCUACCAAGCUCGCGUUCCUGAGGAUGCACCUGUCGGAGCCAGUGUUCUGCAGGUGGCGGCAGCGGAUGCUGACGAGGGCACCAACGCUGACAUCCGAUAUCGCCUGGAGGGGGUAGAAAGUGUUGGCGGAGAUGGUGCCGUGGCACUUCCUUUUGAGGUGGACCCCGAAAGUGGGGUCAUCCGCAUCCGGGAGGUGCUGGACUAUGAGUCUCGUCGGCAGUACUCCCUCACGGUUCAGGCCACGGACCGAGGAGUGCCUGCUUUAAGUGGCCGUACCGAGGCUCUGAUCCGCCUGCUGGAUGUGAAUGAUAAUGAGCCGCGGGUCAAAUUUCGCUACUUCCCUGCCACCUCCCGCUUUGCCUCGGUGGAUGAGAAUGCCGCCCCUGGCACAGUGGUGGCGCUGCUGACCGUGAGCGAUGCUGAUUCGCCGGCGGCCAAUGGGAAUAUCUCGGUGUCUAUCUUGGGUGGGAAUGAGCAGCGCCAUUUUGAGGUGCAGAGCAGCAAAGUUCCCAACCUCAGCCUGAUCAAAGUGGCAGCUGCUCUUGACCGGGAACGUAUACCCACCUAUAACCUCACUGUGGCUGUGACUGACAAUUUUGGAGCUGCUUCCCCUCCCCCUAGUUCACUCCCGUCUUCCCUGAGCCCAGAAGGAGCUAUUCCUGCCCCAGUGAGCCGCUCCUCUGUGGCUAGCCUGGUCAUCUUUGUGAACGACAUCAAUGACCACCCACCAGUCUUUGGGCAGUUGGUUUACCAAGUGAAUAUCAGUGAAGAGGUGCCACCUGGCAGCUAUGUACAAGGCCUGAGUGCUACUGAUCGUGACUCCGGCCUUAACGCCAACCUCAAGUACAACAUAGUUUCUGGCAAUGAGCUGGGCUGGUUCUGCAUUAGUGAGCACAGUGGCCUAGUCACCACUCAGAGCCGUGAUACUAACAUGGGUAGAGCUCUGUUGGGUGUAUCCGGCCCGAGCAUGGCAGCAUCGGGUGGGCUGGACCGGGAAAUAGCUUCACAGGUGGUGUUGAACAUCAGUGCCCGUGACCAAGGUGUGCAGCCCAAAAUUUCCUAUGCCCAACUGGUAGUGAAUAUCCUGGAUGUUAAUGAUGAGAGACCCCGGUUUAGCCAGGCAGAUGGCUAUAAUGUGUCUGUGCCAGAGAAUUCCCCUUCAGGAACUGAGUUGCUAGUCCUCAUGGCUGUCGAUCGUGACUUGGGAGAUAAUGGGACUGUCCGCUUCUCCUUGCAGGAGACUGAGCCAGGGGGGCCUGCAGGUAGUUCCUUGAUGGCUACAUGGAGGAUUUUUCGCCUGGAUCCUGUAUCGGGCAGACUCAGUACAAUCUCACAGUUAGAUAGGGAAGAACAGGGACAAUACUCACUGCAGGUCCUGGCUACUGAUCUAGGUGCUCCGGCCCUCUCCUCAGUGGUUCAAAUCAAUGUGACCUUGCUUGAUGUGAAUGAUAACAGUCCCCUAUUCUACCCUGUCCAAUACUUUGCCCAUGUCCAAGAAAAUGAACCUGCAGGCAGCUAUGUUACCACUGUGUCUGCCAGUGACCCCGACCUUGGUAUCAAUGGGACAGUUAGGUACAGCAUCUCAGCAGGAGACAACUCCAGGUUUCAAAUUCAUAGCCAGACAGGGGUUAUCACCACCAAAACAGUCCUGGAUAGGGAGGAAAAGACAGCUUACCAACUACAAGUAGUGGCUAGUGAUGGUGGAAACCUCCAGUCCCAAAACCAGGCAAUAGUUACAGUGACUGUCUUGGAUACACAGGAUAAUCCCCCAGUAUUUAGCCAGGAUAUAUACAGCUUUGUGGUGUUCGAAAACGUUGCCCUGGGUUUUCAUGUCGGUGGUGUUUCUGCUUCCACUAUGGACCUCAACACCAACAUCACUUACCUUAUCACAACAGGCGACCACAGGGGCAUGUUUGAAAUUAACAAAAUGACAGGCCUGAUCACCACCGCCAGUGUUAUUGAUCGUGAGGAGGAAGCGUUUUAUCAGCUGAAAGUGGUGGCUAAUGGUGGAGCAAUCACUGGGGAUGCUUUGGUCAAUAUAACAGUCAAAGAUUUAAAUGACAAUUCCCCCCAUUUUCUUCAUGCCGUGGAAAGUGUGAAUGUGGUUGAGAACUGGAGCACUGGGCACACCAUAUUCCAAGCCAAAGCUGUUGACCCUGAUGAAGGAGUCAACGGCAUGGUCCUUUACAGCCUAAAGCAGAAUCCCAAGGACCUAUUUAGUGUCGAUGAGCAAAGUGGUGCCAUCCGUUUGACAGGGCCGCUGGACAUAAAUGCUGGGUCUUACCAAGUGGAGAUUAUGGCCUCUGACUUGGGAGUCCCAAGACGCUCGUCUACUUUCAUUUUAACCAUUUCUGUUCAUGACGUAAAUGACAACCCACCAGUGUUUGACCAACUUUCCUAUGAAGUCACUAUUUCUGAACUGGAGCCUGUGAACUCCAGGUUCUUCUGUGUGCAUGCUUCUGACAAGGACUCAGGCACAAAUGGAGAAAUAGCUUAUAACAUAAUUGAAGGAAAUACUGGAGAUGCCUUUGGCAUCUUUCCAGAUGGCCAGCUGUAUAUAAAGAGUGAGCUGGACCGGGAACUUCAGGAAAGAUACACGCUACUGGUUGUGGCUUCUGAUAGAGCAGUAGAACCGCUCAGUGCCACAGUGAAUGUCACCAUCAUCCUGGAAGAUGUAAAUGAUAAUAGGCCAUUGUUUAACAGUACCAACUAUGUUUUCUAUUAUGAAGAGGAGCAGGAGGGCGGAUCAUUUGUGGGGAAAAUAAGUGCGGUUGACAAAGACUCCGGAUCUAAUGGCGAAGUCAGAUAUUCAUUUGAGCACAUGCAGCCUGAUUUUGAAUUGAAUGCAAUAAGUGGGGAAAUAAAAAGUACUCAUCAGCUGGACAGGGAAUCCCUUAUGAGGCAAAGGGGAGCUGCCGUGUUUACACUUACAGUUAUUGCAACUGAUCAAGGGUUGCCAAAGCCUUUAAGGGAUCAGGCAACUGUGCAGGUUUAUUUGAAGGAUAUAAAUGAUAAUGUGCCAAAGUUUUUAAAAGAACUUUACCAAGCUACAAUCUCAGAAUUAGCUGCAAACCUGACACAGGUUUUAAGAGUUUCUGCUUCAGAUGUUGAUGAAGGUAAUAAUGGACUGAUCCACUAUUCUGUAAUUAAGGGCAAUGAAGAAAACCAAUUUACAAUAGACAGUGGCACCGGCCAGGUGACUUUGAUUGGCAAACUGGACCACGAGGCUACUGCAGCUUACUCCCUUACCAUCCAAGCAGUAGAUUCUGGGACAGUUUCCCUAAGCUCAGUUUGUACACUGAACAUUGAUGUACUGGAUGAAAAUGACAACAGCCCUUCAUUUCCUAAAUCAACCCUGUUUGUUGAUGUCUUGGAAAACAUGAGAAUUGGGGAACUGGUAUCUUCUGUCACUGCCACUGAUUCGGAUUCAGGUGACAAUGCUGACCUUCAUUAUAGUAUUACAGGGACAAACAAUCAUGGAACAUUUAGCAUUAGUCCCAACACUGGCAGUAUUUUCCUUGCAAAAAAGUUGGAUUUUGAAACACAAUCAAUGUACAAAUUAAACAUCACGGCAAAAGACAAAGGAAGGCCUCCGCAGUCCUCUACCAUGUCGGUUGUAAUAUAUGUCAGGGAUUAUAAUGACAACCCGCCUAAGUUUCCACCUGGGGACAUUUUUAAGUCUAUUGUUGAGAACAUUCCUGUUGGAAGCUCUGUCAUUUCUGUAACUGCUCAUGAUCCAGAUGCAGAUAUCAAUGGGCAGUUAGCAUAUACAAUCAUUCAGCAGAUGCCAAGAGGGAACCAUUUCCAUAUAGAUGAAGUCAAAGGAAUGAUAUAUACCCAUGCUGAAAUAGACCGUGAAUUUGCUAAUCUCUUUGAAUUAACAGUGAAAGCCACUGACCAGGCCGUCCCUGUAGAAUCUAGAAGAUUUGCUUUGAAAAAUGUGACCAUUCUAGUAACUGACCAGAAUGACAAUGUUCCUGUGUUUGUAUCACAAAACGCUCUUGCUGCAGACCCCUCUGUUGUGAUUGGUACUGUCCUAACUACAAUUGUUGCUGCCGAUCCUGAUGAAGGAUCAAAUGGGGAGGUUGAAUAUGAAAUAAUUAAUGGAGACACAGACACCUUCAUUGUGGAUCGCUACAGUGGGGAACUGAGAGUCUCGUCAAGUUUAAUACCAUCACAGCUUAUGUACAGCUUCAUAGUUUCAGCCUCAGAUCUUGGCCCUGAGAGAAAAAAAUCAACCACUGAGAUGACUGUCAUUCUACAAGGACUUGAUGGCCCGGUUUUCACUCAGCCAAAAUAUAUUACCAUUUUAAAAGAAGGUGAACCGAUUGGGACUAAUGUGAUAUCCAUAGAAGCAGCUAGUCCUAGGGGAAAUGAGGCUCUAGUGGAGUAUUUCAUCGUUUCAGUGCGUUGUGAAGAUAAAAUGUUUGGCAGACUCUUUACAAUUGGGCGCCAUACUGGUGUGAUCCAGACUGCUGCUAUUUUGGACAGGGAACAAGGAGCCCGCCUGUACCUGGUGGACGUUUAUGCCAUUGAAAAAUCUGCUGCUUUGCCACGAACCCAGAGAGCAGAGGUGGAAAUAACUCUUCAAGAUGUCAAUGAUAACCCACCAGUGUUUCCUACAGAUAUGCUUGAUCUGACUGUAGAAGAGAAUAUAGGAGAUGGGUCUAAAAUAAUGCAGUUGACAGCCAUGGAUGCUGACGAGGGUGCAAAUGCUCUUGUCACUUACACUAUCAUCAGUGGUGCAGAUGACAGCUUUCACGUGGAUCCGGAAUCAGGGGAGUUGAUAGCCACUAAGCGUUUGGAUCGAGAACGCCGCUCCAAAUAUUCUCUGCUGGUUCGUGCUGAUGAUGGCCUGCAGUCUUCAGAUAUGCGAAUAAACAUUACUGUUAGUGAUGUUAAUGAUCACAUACCCAGGUUCUCCAAACUAUGGUAUUCUUUUGACAUACCAGAAGAUACCACACCAGGUUCUUUAGUAGCAGCCAUCUUAGCUACUGAUGAAGAUUCAGGCGUGAAUGGAGAAAUCACAUACACUGUGAGUGAAGAUGAUGGAGAUGGAACUUUUUUCCUGAAUCCAGUCACUGGAGUUUUCAACUUAACUUGUGUGUUAGACUAUGAAGUGCAGAAAUAUUACAUUCUUACAGUUCGUGCGGAAGAUGGAGGUGGACAAUCUACCAUUGUCAGAGUUUAUUUCAACAUAUUAGAUGUAAAUGAUAAUUCUCCAAUAUUCAGCAUGUCUUCUUACAGCACGUCUUUGAUAGAGAACCUACCUCCAGGAUCCACUAUCCUUAUUUUCAAUGUUACUGAUGCAGAUGAUGGUUCUAAUUCACAAUUGUCCUACAGUAUUACUUCUGGAGAUAGCCUAGGCCAAUUUAAUAUUGACAGAAAUGGAGUUCUAAGCAUCAGGCAGCCAUUGGACCGUGAAAGCCAAUCUUUCUACAGCCUUGUUGUUCAAGUUCACGAUAUGGCAUCUCUUCCAGCCUCCAGAUACACCAGCACAACACAAGUAUCUAUUAUUCUGCUUGACGUGAAUGAUAACCCUCCAAGUUUUAUCUCUCCCAAGUUGACCUACAUCCCAGAGAAUACACCUAUUGACACCAUUGUAUUCAAAGCCCAAGCAACUGACCCAGAUAGUGGUCCAAACAGCUACAUUGAGUAUAAUCUGUUAAAUCCCUUAGGAAAGAAAUUCAGUAUUGGUACUAUUGAUGGAGAAGUAAGACUCACUGGAGAACUUGACAGAGAAACAAUUUCUAAUUACACUGUAACUAUAAUUGCUACGGACAAAGGACAACCAUCUCUUUCUUCAUCUACUGAUGUAGUUGUGAUAGUCCUUGACAUCAAUGAUAAUAACCCCGUUUUUGCUCAAAAAUUAUACAAAAUUGAGAUUGCAGAAAAUAUUUUGACAGGGACAGAUGUGAUCCAGAUAUUUGCUUCAGAUGGAGAUGAGGGUUCCAAUGGGCAAGUUCGUUAUGCCAUCAUCAGUGGAAACACUCAUAAUGAGUUUCGGAUUGACUCUGUCACAGGGGUAAUAACUGUAGCUAAACCUUUGGACCGAGAGAAAAAGCCUUCCUAUUCAUUAACAGUUCAGUCAACUGAUCGUGGAAGUAGCCCACGGAUGGAUACCACUAUGCUCAACAUUAUUCUGAUGGAUGUUAAUGAUUACAUUCCUACAUUUGAGCUCUCUCCCUAUUUGGUAAAUGUCCCAGAAAAUUUGGAAACAUUACCAAAGGUCAUUCUUCAGGUUGUAGCAAGGGAUGAUGAUCAAGGCCUAAAUAGCAAAUUGACCUAUCUCCUUAUUGGUGGAAAUGAAGAUGGUGCCUUUAUACUUUCAGCCAAUGGGGAGCUCCACCUUGUUCAGAGCUUGGACAGAGAAAAAAGGGACCAAUAUAUCAUGCUGAUCACAGCAGCAGAUUCAGGAAGUCCGGCCCUUACUGGUACUGGGACUAUUGCUGUCAAAGUAGAUGAUGUCAAUGAUAACAUCCCUAAAUUUGCCUUUAAUAUGUAUUCCAAAACCAUUCCGGAGGAUGCGCCUACGGGGACAGAUGUUUUGCUUGUAAACUCCUCAGAUUCUGAUGCAUCAGUGAAUGCUAUUAUCAGCUAUAGUCUUAGUGGUGGAAAUUCGCAGUUCACAAUCAACCCUUCCACUGGACAGAUCAUCACAAGUGCUUUGUUGGACAGAGAGACGAAGGAAAACUACACUUUGAUCAUUGUGGCCAAGGAUGGCGGCUUCCCAAAGAUGCUUUCGAGUUCUACAAGUGUUCUUGUCACUAUUGCAGAUAUCAAUGACAAUCCCCCCAAAUUUCAACAUCAUCCUUAUGUCACUCAUAUUCCCUCACCAACAAGUUCAGGUACAUUUGUAUUUGCAGUGACAGUUACAGAUGCUGAUGCUGGACCUAAUGCUGAGCUUCACUAUUCCCUUUCCGGAAAGAAUUCUGAAAAAUUCCAUAUUGAUCCAACGCGAGGUGCGAUUAUGGCUGCUGACCGACUGUCUGGGACUUCUGAAAUGACCUUUUCUGUUAACGUGAAUGAUGGCAGUCUGCGCCCCAAGACAGAUUCUACAACCGUGACUGUAAGAUUUGUGAACAGAGCAGAUUUUCCUCAAGUGCAAGCUGGACAGCACAGUUUCACAUUUCCCGAAAAUCAAGCAGUUGGCACUUUUGUCACUUCUAUUUCUGGAUUGUCAUCCAGAGGCGAUUCUUUGUCCUAUUAUAUUGCCAGUGGUAACCUCGGCAGCUCUUUUCAGAUUGACCAACUAACAGGGCAGGUCUCCAUCAGCCAACCUUUAGAUUACGAAGCAAUACAGAAAUAUGUUGUCUGGAUUGAAGCAAGAGAUAUGGGCUUUCCCCCAUUUUCUUCUUAUGUAAAACUAGUAAUUACAGUGAUAGACAUAAAUGAUAAUGCACCACUAUUUGAACAAGAUCCAUUCAUUGCUGAAGUGCUAGAGAACCUUUUGCCUUCUAAAAUAAUUACUGUAACUGCCGUGGACAAAGACAGCGGUCUCAAUGGACAGUUAAAUUAUGAAAUAAUCAGUGGCAAUACGGAGAACAGUUUCAGUAUCCAUCACGCCAAUGGCGAAAUCAGAAGUCUCAGACCUUUAGACAGGGAGAAUGUGGCCCAGUACACCCUAACUAUAAAAGCAUCCGAUAGAGGUAUCCCUAUUCAGAGUUCAACUGUCCAGGUAGUUAUUAAUGUGUUAGAUGAAAAUGAUAAUGCACCCAAAUUUUCUCAGAUAUUCAGUGCUCUUGUACCUGAAAAUGCACCUUUGGGUUACACUGUUACACGAGUCACAACAUCAGAUGAAGAUAUUGGCAUCAAUGCUGUCAGCAGAUAUUCAAUAAGGGAUACAAGUAUACCAUUUGUUAUAAAUCCCACCACAGGGGAUAUAACCAUUAGCAGGCUUCUAAACAGGGAAGAUACGGAUCGCUACAGAAUCAGAGUUUCAGCACAUGACUCUGGAUGGACAGUUAGCACAGACGUGACCAUAUUUGUGACAGAUAUCAAUGACAAUUCCCCACGAUUUACAAAACCAUCCUAUUACCUAGAUUGUCCUGAACAUAAUGAAGUUGGAUCAAAGGUGACCCAGAUAUCUGCAACCGAUCCAGAUGAUGGAUCUAAUGGGCAGGUUUUCUAUUUCAUUAAAUCACAGUCAGAGUUUUUCCGAAUUAAUGCUUCUACGGGGACAAUUUUCAAUAAGCAGUCUUUAAAGUUCCAAAACUCCAGUGGUUCCAGCAAUGUAAAUCUUAACAGGCACAGUUUCAUAGUUACCUCCUCGGAUCGAGGCACCCCCCCUUUGCUGAGUGAGACAACAGUCACAAUCAACAUUGUGGAUAGUAACGACAAUGCUCCCCAGUUUCUCUCCAGUCAAUAUUUUACACCCGUCACAAAAAAUGUAGCUGUUGGGACCAAACUAAUUAAAGUUACUGCAGUCGAUGCGAGGGACUUUGGUCUAAAUUCAGAAGUUGAAUAUAUUAUUUCAAAUGACAACCUAACAGGUAAAUUUAACUUGGAUAGUAAUACAGGCUGGAUCUCAGUAGCAUCUUCGUUGAUGAACGAUAUGAAUAAAAAGUUUCUAGUCAAAGUAAAAGCUAAGGACAAAGGUAACCCUCCUCUCUCAUCAGAAGUGACUGUGCAGAUAGUGGUAACAGAGGAAAAUUACCAUACACCAGAGUUCUCUCAAAGCCAUAUGAGUAUAACUGUUCCUGAGAGUCAUGCUGUUGGGGCUAUUCUCAGGACUGUGUCAGCAAGGGACAAAGAUGCUGCUAUGAAUGGACUAAUCAAAUACAAUAUUUCUUCGGGAAACGAGGCUGGGAACUUUGCAAUUAACUCAUCUACUGGUGCGUUAAGGCUUGCCAAGUCCCUUGAUUACGAGUUAUACCAAAUACACAAGAUGACUGUUAGUGCUAUAGAUGGAGGGUGGCUUGCUAGGACAGGGUACUGUAGCAUCACCGUGAAUGUCAUUGAUGUGAAUGAUAACUCUCCGGCUUUCAGCCCUGAGGACUACUUUCCAAGUGUUUUAGAAAAUGCACCAAGUGGGACAACUGUUAUUCAUCUCAGUGCAACCGAUGCUGAUUCUGGACCUAAUGCUGUGAUUGCCUAUGCAGUUCAGUCUUCGGACAGUGAUCUGUUUGUGAUUGAUCCCAAUACUGGAAUUAUCACUACUCAAGGCUUUCUAGACUAUGAAACAAAACAGAGCUAUCAUUUAACCAUCAAGGCAUUUAAUGUUCCUGAUGAAGAGAGGUGCAGCUUUGCUAACGUCAACAUCCAUUUAAAAGGAACGAAUGAGUAUGUGCCACGGUUUGUGUCCAAGCUUUACUAUUUUGAGGUUUCUGAAGCAGCUUCUAAAGGCACUAUUGUGGGCGAAGUCUUUGCAAGUGAUCGUGAUAUGGGCACUGAUGGCGAAGUCCACUAUCUCAUCUUUGGCAAUAGCAGAAGAAAGGGUUUCCAAAUUGAUGACAGCAGUGGGCAGAUUUAUGUCACUGGUCCUCUUGACAGGGAAAAAGAAGAAAGGAUCUCUCUGAAGGUGCUUGCAAAAAAUGCUGGAAGCAUUCGUGGUGCAGAUAUAGAUGAAGUGGUUGUGAAUAUCACAAUACUAGAUGCCAAUGACCCCCCUGUUUUCAGCUUGGAGGUCUACAAUGUACAAAUCAGUGAAGGUGUUCCAACUGGAACCCAUGUCACGUUUGUAAGUGCCUUUGACUCCGACUCUCUCCCUAGCUGGAACAGGUUCUCCUAUUUUAUUGGUAAUGGGAACAACGAUGGUGCCUUUUCAAUUAAUCCACAGACAGGACAGGUUACAGUGACUGCAGAAUUGGAUCGAGAGACUUUACCAGUGUACAAUUUAUCUGUGUUAGCAAUUGACUCAGGAGCACCAUCAGCUACAGGAAGUGCCUCUUUACUGGUAACUUUGGAAGAUAUCAAUGAUAAUGGGCCUAUCCUUUCCACCACUGAAGGGGAAAUAAUAGAAAAUAUCCGCGCUGGCACCCUUGUGAUGGCCCUUCAGUCAUCUGAUCCUGAUCUUCCUCCAAAUCAAGGCCCCUUUUCUUAUUAUUUGCUGAGCACUGGCACAGCAACCAGUUAUUUUAGUCUUAGCACUGCUGGUGUUUUAACCACAACUCGAGAAAUUGACAGAGAACAAAUUUGUGAUUUCUAUUUGUCAGUGAUUACAAGAGACUCCGGCAUUCCUCAGAUGUCUUCCACAGGAACUGUACACAUAAAAGUAAUAGAUCAGAAUGAUAACCCAUCCCAACCUAGAACAGUAGAGAUCUUUGUUCAUUAUUAUGGCAAUCUGUUCCCUGGAGGAACAUUAGGCAAUGUAAAACCUCAGGAUCCAGAUGUUUUAGACAGCUUUCAGUGUUCUCUUACUUCAGGAGUUACAAGCCUCUUCAAUAUUCCACCAGGCACUUGUGAAUUGAAUUCCCUGGCAAGGUCUACAGAUGGGACAUUUGAUCUGACUGUCCUAAGCAAUGAUGGGUUACACAAUGCAGUUACUAGCAGUAUUCGGGUUUUCUUUUCAGGAUUCAGCAAUGCCACUAUUGAUAAUAGUAUUCUGCUUCGUCUCAGUGUGCAAUCUUUGAGAGAAUUUUUGACCAAUCACUACCUUCAUUUUUUGCGAAUUGCCAAUUCACAGUUAAUUGGAUUAGGAACUGCUGUGCAACUCUAUGGAGUUUAUGAGGAGAGCAAUCGGACGUUUUUGAUGGCAGCUGUGAAGCGGAACAACUAUCAGUAUGUGAAUCCUGGUGGUGUGACUACCUUCUUUGAAAGCAUCAAAGAAAUCCUCUUUCGCCAAAGUGGAGUUCGGAUAGAAUCUGUGGACCAUGACUCAUGUUUACAAAAUCCUUGUCAAAAUGGAGGUAGCUGCUUAAGAAAACUAGGUGUGAGUCCUAAAUUAAGGAGCCAUGACAGUGUUCCAGUCAUCAUUGUGGCAAAUGAACCUCUUCAGCCUUUUACAUGCAGAUGUAUGCCAGGAUAUGAUGGAACCUUGUGUGAAACAGACAUAGACGAAUGUCUCCCAUUGCCUUGCCACAAUGGUGGAACUUGCCAUAACCUAGUGGGAGGAUUUUCUUGCACUUGUUCCAGUGGCUUUACCGGAAUGGCCUGUGAGAGAGAUAUCAAUGAAUGCUUGUCCAACCCUUGUAAAAAUGGUGCUCUCUGCCAGAACUUCCCAGGAAACUUCAACUGUGUUUGCAAAGCUGGUUAUACAGGGAAAAGCUGUGACUCCACUGUCAAUUACUGUGAAUGCAAUCCCUGUUUCAAUGGAGGAUCCUGUCAAAGUGGAGUGGACGGAUAUUACUGCCAUUGUCCAUUUGGUGUUUUUGGAAAGUAUUGUGAAGUGAACAGUUAUGGAUUUGAAGAAUUGUCCUACAUGGAAUUCCCCAGUAUGGAUCCAAACAACAAUUAUAUUUACAUAAAAUUUGCAACUAUUAAAAGUAAUGCUCUCAUGUUGUAUAACUAUGACAACCAGACUGGAGACCGGGCGGAAUUCCUGGCCCUCGAAAUAACAGAAGAGAGGCUGAGAUUCUCAUACAACCUUGGCAGUGGCACAUAUAAACUUACCACAGCAAAGAAGGUGUCUGAUGGACAAUUUCACACUGUCAUUGCCCGGAGGGCUGGAAUGGCCGCAUCCUUGACUGUGGACUCCUGCUCAGAGGAACAGGAACCAGGCUACUGCACUGUUAGCAAUGUGGCUGUAUCUAGUGACUGGACUCUAGACGUACAACCAAACAGAGUCACCAUUGGAGGUAUCAGAUCCUUGGAGCCAAUACUUCAAAGGAAGGGACAGGUGGAAAGUCAUGAUUUUGUGGGUUGCAUAAUGGAAUUUGCAGUCAAUGGACGUCCCUUAGAACCCAGCCAAGCUUCGUCAGCUGAAGGAAUCCUAGAUCAGUGUCCUAGGCUGGAAGGAACUUGUGCUAUGAACCCUUGUCAACAUGGUGGCACAUGUGUGGAUUACUGGUCUUGGCAGCAGUGUCAUUGCAAGGAAGGACUGACCGGAAAACACUGUGAAAAAUAUGUUACAGCCGACACUGCCUUAUCAUUCGAAGGCAAAGGGCGUCUUGAUUACCACCUAAGACAGAAUAGGAAAUGGGAAUACAUGAUGCGAUCUAGCAUUGGAAAUGCCAUUUUGGAGCCUCAAAGUAUGGAUAGUAUAGAAGUCAAGUUCAGGACAAGGAGUAAAAGUGGAGUCUUAAUUCAUAUCCAGGAAAGCAGCAAUUAUACUACUGUGAAGAUAAAAGGUGGCAAAGUGCAGUAUGUCUCUGAUGCUGGAAUUGGUGGAAAAGUGGAAAGAAGUAUCCCUGAAGUUUACAUUUCUGAUGGCCAUUGGCAUUCUCUCUUCAUUGAAAAGAAUGGAACUUCCACAAUGCUAACAGUUGACAAGACCCAUAGUAGAGACAUCCUACAUGUCACACAAGAUUUUGGAGGACUAAAUGUCCUUACAAUUUCUCUUGGUGGAAUCCCAACUAAUCAGGCCCUCAGAAGCAGUGACCCAGAUUUUGAUGGCUGCAUUGCCUACCUGAAGUAUGGUGAAGAAACCCUUCCCUUCCUGGGAAAGCACAGCCUUGCGACCAUAUCCAAAACAGACCCCUCUGUGAAGAUUGGCUGCCGAGGCCCCAACAUCUGUGCCAGCAAUCCCUGCGGGGGUGAAUUAAUGUGCAUUAACCAAUGGUAUACGUAUAAGUGUGUAUCUCCCGGAGCCUGUGCCUCCAACCCUUGUCAGAAUGGGGGCAGCUGUGAACCUGGAGAAAGGUCUGGAUUUAUUUGCAGUUGCCCAGAAUCUUACACUGGAAGAGCAUGUGAGACAGUGGUGGCUUGCCUUGGUGUCCUCUGUGCCCAGGGACAUGUGUGCAAGGCAGGAACGAAUGGAGCCCAUGUAUGUGUCCCUCUGCCUUACCCAGCUGAGCUCUCUUUGCCACUGUGGGCCGUUCCUGCCAUUGUGGGCAGCUGUGCUACAGUCCUGGCCUUGCUGGUGCUUAGCUUGAUCCUGUGUAAUCAGUGCAAGGGGAAGAAGGCCAAAGUGCCAAAGGAGCAAAAGAAAACCAAGGAAAAGAAAAAGAAGGGGAGUGAGAAUGAUGCUUUUGAUGACCCCGAUAAUAUACCACCCUAUGGUGAUGACAUGACUAUCCGGAAGCAGCCUGAAGGAAACCCUAAGCCUGACAUAAUUGAAAGAGAAAACCCUUACCUCAUCUUUGAUGAGACGGACAUACCGCACAACACAGAGACUAUACCCAGUGCCCCUCUAGCUUCCCCUGAACCGGAGAUAGAACACUAUGACAUUGACAAUGCGAGCAGCAUCGCCCCUUCCGAUGCAGAUAUCAUCCAGCACUAUAAGCAGUUCCGAAGUCACACUCCUAAAUUCUCCAUCCAGAGGCACAGUCCAUUGGGGUUUGCAAGGCAGUCCCCCAUGCCCCUGGGAGCAAGCAGCUUAACUUACCAGCCUUCAUAUGGUCAAAGUCUAAGGACAACUUCCUUAAGUCAUUCUGCAUGCCCGACACCCAGCCAUCUUUCUCGUCACAGCCCUGCUCCAUUCUCCAAGUCGUCAACUUUCUACAGAAACAGCCCUGCAAGGGAAAUGCAUCUUUCAAUAAGAGAAGGGAGCCCUUUGGAAAUGCACAACGAUGUCUGCCAAACAGGCAUUUUUAACUAUCCCACUAGACUUGGAAGAAGAAGCAAGAGUCCUCAGAUGAUGUCAUCACAUAGCUCCAGGCCAGGAAGUCGCUUAAAGCAACCAAUAGGACAGAUUCCUUUGGAGAGCAUUCCUCCUGUAGGACUUUCCAUUGAGGAGGUGGAGAGGCUUAACACACCACGUCCUAGAAAUCCAAGCAUCUGCAGUGCUGACCAUGGAAGGUCUUCAUCUGAGGAGGACUGCAGAAGGCCUCUAUCAAGAACAAGGAAUCCAGCUGAUGGCAUUACAGCUCCAGAAUCAUCAUCUGACAGCGACUCCCAUGACUCUUUCACAUGUUCUGAGAUGGAAUAUGAUAGGGAAAAGCCCAUCGUGUACAACUCCAGAAUGCCCAAAUUAUCUCAAGUUAAUGAGUCAGAUGCAGAUGAUGAAGACAAUUAUGGUGCUAGGCUGAAGCCUAGGAGAUACCCAGGACGCAGAGGAGAGGGUGGUGGACCCGUGGGUGCACAAGCACCUGCACCCAGCAUUCAUGACAAUGCAUCACUUUUAAAACUUGGGCCACAAGGUGGUAACUUCAACUGGGACAACCUUUUGAACUGGGGGCCAGGAUUUGGGCAUUAUGUGGAUGUUUUUAAAGAUUUGGCAUCUCUUCCAGAAAAGACAGCAGCAAAUGUAAAUGAGGAGAGCAAAAAUGGUACAACACAACCAAAAGAUGGGGAGGCUGAACAAUAUGUAUAGGACUUCAGACUGACAUUGUCAGAAUGCAAAAGCACGAAACAUUCAAGCCAUUCUAUCGUUGUAGAUAAGAGAAGGGCAGACUUUUUUUUUUACCCAGGGCCAGUGAUUAGGACACAUUUUUAAAAUAAUCACCUUUUAUGCUGCUGAAAAGGACAGAUACAUUUUUGUUGUUGUUUAAUUUAAUUGGGAUUGGUUGAAUUUGUUUCUCCUGCAUGCAUUAUAUUUCCAAACAAGAUAUUGGGCAUGCGGCAUUUGGAAAUAAUUUUCUAUAUUCCCUGUUUGGUUUGUGAUUUUUAAAUUAAUAAUGAUCAGUUCUCAAAAUGGACACAAGAUGGUUUAUUGUGGAAAGAGUGUUUGUACCCAGUUUUAAUACGUUGUUCCGAAAUGCAAAAAAAAUAUCAAGUAUGUUGUUUUUGCUGGGAGAUAUUUGAAGCAAUUCUGCAGAGGCUGGAUGAAGGAAUGAUGCCCUUGGGCUCUUUUCAAAAAUGUACUUCCUACAUCCUGCAGUUGCUCAGAUCUGGAUACUUUAAGGAACGAUAAGCUUGAGCAAUUUCUGUAUUAUCUUUCUCAAAACAAAGGGUGCUAGAAACCAGUUCAAGCUCAUCAGCACUUUAGGAUUUUCUUAUUUUUGACAAGGUUGUGUGAGAACUUCUGAAUCUUCUAUCCCUAUUUCCCCCAACGAACAGUAUAUCUAGGUAGUAUGGAAACUGAUGGGCAUUAUCAAAAUAAACAUUUUGAUAAGUAGUGUGGAAAAGUGCAAGGGAAGGCUACAAGGCCAAACACUAUUGGUUCUAAGUUAAUCUCAACUUGAACAUUAAUUCUGUAUGUUCUUGGGCAGCCUUCUCCAACUGGGCAUCUUCCAGCUGUGUCGGACUACAAACCACAUCAUGCCCAAACAGCCAUGAUGUGGCUGGGGACGAUCAGAGUUAAAGAUCAAUGCAGUUUGGGUAUGGCUAGUCUUGGCAAAACAUUCAAUAUCAGUGUUUCAGUUUUGCCAUCCAUAGAAAUAAGAGGAGAAUGUCAUAAAAAUGACAAAACCUACCUCACGGGGCCAUUGUGAGGACUGCUUGCCUAUAAAAGUGUUUAAAAGCCAUAAAGCACUGUAAUUAGUAUUACUGCAAUUAGUAUUGUAAACACUGCCUUGCCUUGCCUCCAGGAACUGGGAGUGACCUCUC